CCAGUGAGAGUGGAGACGCGCAGACCAUCUCCAUCCUCCGCAGUCUCCUUCUCAUCCUGGCCGUCUGACUGACUGGCUGGCUGGCUGACUGGCAGAUCACCGCGAGGACCGAACUAACUAACUCACUGCAGCACUCACAGCACUGCUGCUUUUUUUUCUCACCAACACGGGAGCACAACAGCAUGUGAAUGGCGGCAGAAAGCGGCAGAGUUGUCAUAGAGGAGCAGGAGGAGCUCCCAGCCUCCGGAGCUGUCACUCACGUGCACCACACACACACCCGGAGUCAGAGCCACAUCCAGUUCCAGCCUCUAACACACACCAACCAGUGGCAGGCUGCUCGCACGCUUGCUCACACGAGAAGCCACAGUCAUACUCACUUCAACACACAGUCACAGAAGUACAGCUGCCGCCUCACACACAGCCUCUCAGCCAUGGCCAAGGGAGAGAGGGGAGCUCAGGGCCCUGCAGGGAAGCUCAUCAAGCCCACUGAACCGCUCUUCCCCAAAACGCCUCAGCAGACUGAGCUGGGCCACAAGUUGACGUUAUGCAGCAAGCUGUGUUUCGCCAUCGGCGGAGCACCGAAGGAGGUGGCUGCCAGCGCCACGGCCUUCUUCCUGCAGAUCUACCUGCUCGAUAUCGCUCAGAUCAACGCCUUCCAGGCCUCCAUGGUGCUGUUCAUCGGUAAAGCCUGGGGCGCUGUGACCGACCCGGUUGUUGGUUUCUUCAUUACAAAGAGCAGAUGGACGAAGAUCGGCAGACUCAUGCCCUGGAUGGUGGGUUGCACUCCGUUCCUGGUGGUCUCCUACUUCUACCUCUGGUUUGUUCCCCCUUUCAUCAGCGGGAGGUUCAUCUGGUACCUGGGCUUCUACUGCCUCUACCAAACCCUCAUCACUUGCUUCCACGUGCCUUAUUCUGCUCUCACCAUGUUCCUGAGCACGGACCAGAGGGAGAGAGACUCAGCCACUGCCUACAGAAUGACAAUGGAGGUGCUGGGGACACUUGUUGGCGCCGCCAUCCAGGGCCAGAUCGUGGCCAGCGCUCACACGCUGAAGCACUGCCCGCCUCACAACAUGACUGCCGGUUACCUUGGCAACAGCAGCGGGGCAGAGAUCGUCAAGAGCCUGGUGCGCUCCCAGGAAUACCUGUCACACUCGAAGGAGGUGUACAUGAUAGCUGCCGGCGUGAUCGGAGGAGUGUUUCUCGUCUGCACCCUGGUGAUGUUCCUCGGGGUCAAGGAGAGAGAUGGUGAGUUUCUGUCUGAUCCGUACGCCCCAAGGACGGAGAAGCAGAUCCCCUUCUAUCAGGGCUUCAUCCUGGUGAUGAGACACGGGCCGUACCUCACUCUGACCGCCGCAUUCCUCUUCAUCACUGUCGCCAUUCAGCUGAUACAGAGCAACUUCGUCCUCUUCUGCACUUACGCCGCCGACCUGAGGGAUCACUUCCAGAAUAUUGUGCUGACCAUCCUGCUUUCCGCAGUGAUAAGCAUCCCGUUAUGGCAGUGGUUUCUGCAGAGGUUUGGGAAGAAGACGGCGGCUUUCUGCGGUAUCACAUGGAUCAUGCCGUUCACCAUGAUGCUGGUCUUCAUCCCCAACGUGGUGGUGGCCUACGUCGUGGCUGUCUCCUCUGGGCUCAGCGUGGCUGCUUCGCUCCUGCUGCCGUGGUCUAUGCUGCCAGAUGUGGUGGACGACUUCAGAUUGGCCAACCCUUACUCCAAAGGCCAUGAAGCCAUCUUCUACUCCUUCUACGUGUUUUUCACCAAGUUUGCCGCUGGUAUCUCCCUGGGAGUGUCCACCCUGUGUCUGGAAUUUGCAGGGUAUGACACCGGCGCCUGCAAGCAGCCAGCUCCCGUGGUGUACACCCUGAAGCUGCUGAUCGGUGCUGCUCCCGUGGCCUUCAUUGUCACGGGGUUGAUGAUCCUACUGCUCUAUCCCAUCAGCGAAGACGUACGGCUCAGGAAUAAAGUCUGCCUGGACGAGCUACGGAAACAAAGCAUCGGCUCCAGAACGAUGGAGGAUCUGAGUAACGUGUGAUUCCGGACCUUGAAUGAAGUGAACUCACAAAAAAA